CGAUUGGUCCGUGAGUACAUGCCCCGCCUUCUUCAGCUAAACCCUUAUAGCUGUUUGGCUGUCACAGUGAAAAGGAAACGCCAACACUUACAGAAGCUAAAAUGAUCAACUGGAAGGUUUUGGAUAACUUCCCCGUCCUCCUCUACAUCCUGGCCCUGAAGACAUUGCUGCUGUGUUUGGCCUUUGCGGGGGCAAAAAUCUACCAGAGUAAGAAAGCAGAGAAGGCCCUGAAGAAGCAGCAGGCUGAGAAGAGGAGGCUGGCUCAGCAGACAGAAGACCUCAUCGACAACCUAAAGGAGGACUGAGGAGAGGUGCUGCUGCACACAGGGAAAUAUAUUGCUGACCUGAGCAACAACAAAGACCAGCCAGAUGUGUAACUGUUGGCAGGAGAUGGACUUUGCUGAACUUGGGGAAAUGAUUUGUGGUCUCGCUUUCAGGACUGUUCACCUAUGUCAGUUUUAUAUAUGUAUAAAUGUUUGGCUGGACCAGGUUUUUAUAACAUGAAAUUAAAGCCGCAACCGUUUGGACUCCUGAAGUAAGACUGAGCUGAGCAGCUGUUUUGUCUUUUAAAUUGAGAUUAUGUCUGUAAAGACACAGCAGGCUCAGCAUCAACCUGUCAUGUGCCAAGCAUCCUCUCCAUUCUGAGCUCAACUCCCCCCAGCAUUACCUGUCUUGUCUUCAGCUCACCACGUCGGCUGAGGACGUCAUUCAGGCUGCUUUGUACACCGCCAUUAAUAUUACGAAUAGUUAGAAGAUAGUUUGUCAAAUGUGCAUAUUUGUUUGAAUACAACAUGGUGUUUAUUCUGUAAUAUUCCUUGUAAAUUGUGAACCAGCUUUGUGUCUAAUUGUUAUAUUAAAU